AUGAGGUGCAAGUACUGGCACUAUCCAGAGGAUUUGCCAACUGCGAGUGUAGUGAUUGCGUUUCACAACGAAGGAUGGUCUCCACUGAUGCGUACUGUUCAUUCGGUGUUGUUGCGCUCUCCACCACAAUUAUUGAAGGAAAUAAUCAUGGUUGAUGACUUUAGUGAUAAAGCAAUAUUGCCCCUCUUGAAGGCAGCUUACAAGCAAGAUGUUCUUGCUGAACUACCAGUGGAGCCUUAUGGAUGCAUCGAAAUCAGCAAGCAUUUGCAAAGCUGGAACAUUCGUGAUGGAAAGCAUCUCAAGGAUAGAUUGGAUAAUUAUUUAAAACAAUUCAACGGGAAAGUGAGAUUAGUACGAAACACUGAACGUGAAGGGCUUAUUCGAACACGCAGUAUAGGCGCUAAGGAGGCAGCUGGCGAUGUUGUGAUAUUCCUGGAUGCACAUUGUGAAGUGAAUAUUAAUUGGCUACCUCCACUUCUGGCUCCAAUACGUCAGAACAGGAAAGUUAUGACAGUCCCUGUAAUUGAUGGUAUCGACAUGAAUACUUGGUCUUAUCGCAGGGUUUAUGGUUCCGCAGAUCGCCAUUUUCGGUCGCCGACGCAUGCUGGUGGUUUGUUUGCAAUCGAAAAGAACUGGUUUGAAGAACUGGGUUAUUACGACCCAGGAUUACAGAUUUGGGGCGGCGAACAGUAUGAACUUUCUUUCAAGGCGAGCUAA